AUGUCAACCGACGAGACGUCGCGAAUCCUCCCGUCGGAGCAGACUCCGUUGCUGCGCGAUGACCCCGCCAAUGCGGGCCCGCCCGAGGGUCAGGAACCGGUGGCCGAGGAGCCCAGCACGCAGGAACUGUUGGUGAUUCUGUGCAGUAUCUGGCUGGGUGUCUUCCUCGCAGCACUCGAUACCACGAUCGUGGCGACGCUGUCGGGCCCCAUCUCCUCCUCCUUCAAUUCCUUUUCGCUGCUCUCGUGGCUGGCUACCUCUUACCUCAUCUCGAACGCUGCCUGCCAGCCGCUAAGCGGAAGAUUGACCGAUAUCUACUCGCGUCGCUGGGGAUUGGUCCUCUCUAAUGUCUUCUUUGCGGUCGGGAACCUGAUCUGCGGUUUGGCAAACACCCAGUGGGCCAUCAUUCUCGGCCGUGUCGUCGCAGGUAUGGGGGGCGGUGGCCUUUUGGUGAUCUCAACCUUUGUGACGUCCGACCUGGUUCCUCUUCGGAAGCGAGGAAUCUGGCAGGGCGUUGGAAACAUUUGCUAUGGCGCCGGUGGUGGAUUGGGUGGUGUGUUCGGCGGCUGGAUCAAUGAUACCCUGGGCUGGCGCUGGGCCUUUUUGAUUCAGGUCCCGUUCCUAGUCGUUUCUGGCAUCCUGGUUGCGUGGAAGGUCAACAUCCCGGUCAAGGAGACGGACAAGGCUCGGAUUAAGCGUGUGGACUUCCUCGGUGCCAUCACCCUGGUCGUCACGAUGGUGACUCUUUUGCUGGGACUGAACACUGGUGGUAAUCAACUGCCCUGGACACACCCCAUAGUGCUCACUUCCUUGCCCUUGUCUGCAGCGUUCCUCGGGCUGUUCAUCUACAUCGAGGCCAAGGUCGCGACCGAGCCCAUCAUCCCGGUCAGGCUGCUGCUCGAUCGGACCGUGGCAUCGGCUUGCCUGACGAAUUGGUUCACGACGAUGACGGUCUUUGGUCUUUUGUUCUACCUGCCCUUGUACUUCCAGGUGCAAGGCAUGUCGGCUACGGCGGCGGGGGUGCGCUUGAUCCCCCAGGCGAUCGGUACUUCUAUUGGAUCGCUGGCCUGCGGGUUUAUCAUGCGGGCCAAGGGACGGUACAUGAUCCUGAGCCAUCUCGCCAUGACCCUCCUGGUGACCGCGGGCGCGUUGAUCUGCACCUUGACACUAACCACACCUGCAUGGCUCCCGUUCCUCUACUUCUUCCUCAUGGGAGCAGCAUAUGGCAGCAUCUUGACCAUCACGCUGGUGGCGCUGAUCUCGGCCGUGGACCAUGAGCACCAUGCGGUGGUGACCUCCGCCUCGUACGCCUUCCGCAGCACCGGAAGUACGAUCGGCAUCACGGUGGCCUCGGCGGUGUUCCAGAACACCCUCAAGACUGGGCUCUGGUCCCGCUUUGGCGGCCGGGAGCAUGCUGCAGAGCUGAUCGCCCGACUCCGCGAUAGCCUGGACGAGAUCCGCAAGCUCCCUCCGGAUUGGAUCCCUGGCACCCUGGAUGCAUAUAUGAUUUCUCUGCGUGCGGUUUUCCUGGCCCUCUUGGGUGUGACGGUGUUGGGGGCAUUGACUAGUCUCGCGAUGCGUGAGCACAAGCUGCAUAACAACCUGUCCCGGCGUUGA